UUGGACUCUGAAAUGCGUGCAAGAUCGUGACGAAGGGAGGAAAGCGUCUCUGCCAAGAAAUUCCCAGCUUUGAUUUUUCAUUUGCCCUUUAAAUCCAAUCCCUUUCUUCUUUUAUUAUUAUUAUUAUAACCACUUUAUCAUUAACUACUGCCUGCUGCCUGCUGCCCAUUGCCCAAUACCAUAUAACCAAAUUAAAUCCACAUAUAAAUACCAAACAUUUCUCUCAUUUUCCCUUUGAUCUCAAGUUUUCUGCCCAGAAAAUUACAACAAACAAAAGAGUCUUCUCUUUUCUUUCUCUGUGCCUCGCGGCAACACAUUUUCCUCGCGGAGAUCCUUUAUUUCGUUUCCAAGGGUUUUUGCUUCUUUUAAAGUUUCCGUUUUGGAUGCAAUAGAUCAGGCUACUUCGUUAAUUCAUUUUAGCCUGCCAUCUUUUUUUUUGGUUUUGGAAACAGCAGGAAAACUAGCACGGUAGAUUGGAGAAAUAAGAAUUAAAAGUUUUUUGUUUAAAAAAAAUGUUGGGUGAAUUCAUUACCAGAGUGCUUGUGUUGAUUCUUGGAUAUGCAUAUCCAGCGAUUGAGUGCUUUAAAACGGUGGAGAAGAACAAGGUCGGGAUAGAAGAACUCAGAUUUUGGUGUCAAUAUUGGAUCGUUGUGGCGUUUCUGACAGUUUUUGAGAGGAUAGGGGACUUGUUCAUUUCAUGGUUGCCGAUGUAUGACGAGCUGAAGCUUGCACUCUUAAUCUACCUAUGGUAUCCUAAGACCAAGGGAACGGGUUAUGUAUACGACACCUUGUUGCGGCCUUUCAUGGUAAGGCAUGAAACGGAAGUCGAUAGAAAGAUACAGGAGCUGAGAGCUAGAGCAUGGGACUUUGCUUUAUACUACUGGCAGAACUGCACAGAAUUGGGGCAGACAAAAUUCUUCGAAAUGCUUCAAUACUUGUCUGGCCAAUCUUCGAGGAUAAAACAUGGCAAUCAGAAAUCUGAUCAGCAAAAUCCACCAAGUGGUUUCUUUAGUCAAUCAGGGAAGAGCAAGAAUUGGCCCCCGACGACAAUCAACCGUGCCGUUGUAGAAUCUCCCAUGUCAAAACUCGUCCACUUCCAACCUGACAGCCAAUCAGAAUACGACCAGAGCGACGACGACUCAAUUCCGGACUCUCCAAGGAAAUCCAAGCACCAACAAGCUCGCUUUAAGCUCCGCCGUAGCAAACCACACAAUUGAUAAUUUGUAACAAACAAACUAAAAUUGUACAAAGAGCCCCAAAAUUGCAAACAUAAAAAAAAAAAAAGAAAAGAAAAGAAAAGAAAGGAAAGGAACACAGAAUUGGUUUAUAAACACCAAGUCUAACAUUCAAUUCAUUCAUUUUUUUACCUUCGUAA